AUGUCUGCUGGCUUCAACCACCUCCCCAAAGGAUUGUGGCCCCUGCAGUUGUGGGGCCAAGGAUUUAAGGGAGAAAUCCAGCGUGACCCCCUGCCGCUGUGCUGGAGGGAAGCCCCUUCCCUCAAGGCUCCAGCCACUAGGCCGUCCUGCUCUUCCAAAGACUCAAGAAGUCCUGGGAAGAAAUCGGGAGAUUCUUACAGCAAAGGAGAGGCUCUCUGGUGGGGUUGGGGAAAACCCAAGCCCCUCUUCUGCCUGGGCACUGACGGAGGUCAAUGCAGUUGCCACAAAUGUAGGGGGCUGUGGCUGUGUGUUUUGACAGGAACAGCUGUGGCCUUGUCGCUGAGCACUGGCAACCCAGACAAGGCCCUCAGCUGUCCCUUGAGCACAAGGACCUCCCAAAGGAAGAGAAUGUCUGAGGGAGAAGAGGGGCAGAAUUUGGGGGCACGGUGGCCGCCCACUGAGGAUGGCUUGCAACGGAGCGGAUUCGAGCCUGAAGUGUCUUUCGGAGAAGCCAGAAGCAGCCCCAUAAAGGAGUUUAGAAACAGCCCCACGCCAGGUCCAAGGGGAGCCCUGAGCAACCCCUUUGCCACAAUGCCCUCUCUUGUGAGAAACGUGGAAGAGCUAACAAUCCACUCGCAGCUCCCAGAAAAUCCACACAAAUGCCACUGCCAAGGGGCUUCCCGUUCACGGCCACCUGGCACCCAAGACUUGGACUUCGUUUAG